AUGUGGAAGAAAGCCAAUGGUUACAAACCUUUUGUGAUUAAUACGACGAUAGAUACUUGCAGGUAUUUAGCUGGUAAAACAAAUCCGAUUGUUGAUGUGUUUUUUGAUAUAUGGAGGCCAUACACAAAUAUUAAUCAUAGUUGUCCUUAUUCGGGUGAUAUGGUUGUUGAGAAAGUUCCGCUUAAUAGUUUUAAAGCUCCUUCUGCAUUUCCUGAAGGAAAUUAUCGUGUUGACCUUGACGUUGCAGCCUAUGGUCAAAAUUGGAUAUCAAAUACAAUAUUUGUUGAUAGUAUCAAAUGUAAUGAGUACAACAAAAGUCUUGGUUAUUUUGCUUACUGUGAUUUGAAGCCGGCCCAUUUCACUAUGUGGAAGAAAGCCAAUGGUUACAAACCUUUUGUGAUUAAUAUAACAUUGGACGCUUGUAAGUACUUGGAUGGUAAACGUAAUCCAACUGCAGAUGUGUUUUAUGAUAUAUGGAAGUCUUAUACAAAUAUUAAUCACAGUUGUCCAUAUACGAGUGACAUGAUUGUCGAGAAAGUACCACUUUAUGGUUUCAAAGCUCCUUCUGCAUUUCCUGAAGGAAAUUACCGUGUUGAUUUUGACAUUGAAGCAUAUGGUUCACCACAACCUGACAUCACAUGGAAAAUUAAGGGCAUCGAAUUCAGUGGCAACGAUCGUAUGCGCAUUUUAAAUGAUGGUUCGCUGUUGAUAAAAUCUGUUAAUCGUCAAGAUGCUGGUGAUUACAGUUGCCAUGCUGAAAACUCGAUCGCUAAGGACUCCAUAACACAUAAGUUAAUUGUUUUAGCGCCACCACAAUCACCUCAAGUUAGUCUCUCAGCCACAACAACUGAUUCGUUGACUGUUAAAUUGAAACCACAUGAAGGUGAUACUGCUCCACUUCAUGGAUAUACUCUGCACUAUAAACCAGAAUUCGGAGAAUGGGAAACUGCGGAGGUUUCUGUUGAUGCACAAAAGUUCUCUAUUGAUAGUCUACUGUGUGGGUCACGUUAUCAGGUGUAUGCAACUGGUUUCAAUAAUAUUGGUGCUGGUGAAGCUUCUGAUAUUUUAAAUACACGGACCAAAGGAUACAAGCCAAAAUUACCAGAAAAAUCACGUUUCAUUGAAGUUUCCUCUAACUCGGUUUCAUUGCACUUUAAAGCAUGGAAAGAUGGUGGCUGCCCAAUGUCGCACUUCGUGGUAGAAAACAAAAAACGUGACCAAAUUGAAUGGAAUCAAAUAUCAAAUAAUGUUAAACCUGAUAACAAUUAUGUUGUCUUGGACUUGGAACCUGCAACCUGGUAUAAUCUACGCAUCACAGCGCAUAACUCAGCUGGUUUCACCGUUGCUGAGUAUGAUUUUGCUACAUUAACUGUAACUGGAGGCACAAUAGCGCCAUUGGAUGACGGUCAAAGUUCUGGAAAUAUACACACACGCAUACGUUUGCCAGCAUGGAUGCCAGAAUGGUUAGAUUUGAAUUUUAUGGUGCCAUUGAUCGCUACUGUAAUUGUUGUUGCGGUGGGUAUACUUGUUGUAUGUGUAGCGCUCUCCAGACGUCGUGCGGAUGAUUUACGCGGUGGACAAAAGGAUGUAUAUUACGAUGUAGUUUACAAUCAGACAAUGGGACCCGGCGCCACCCUGGACAAACGUCGACCUGAUCUACGAGACGAGUUGGGCUAUAUUGCACCACCAAACCGCAAACUGCCACCAGUUCCUGGCUCCAACUACAACACCUGCGACCGGAUUAAGCGAGGCCGUGGUUUGCGUUCAAAUCAUUCCACUUGGGAUCCUCGUCGACCAAAUUUAUACGAAGAAUUGAAACCACCACCGGUGCCAUUACAUGGCAAUGUUUAUGGUCAUGGUCAUGGCACUGCUGAAUGCCAUUACCGGCAUCCAGGCAUGGAAGAUGAAAUUUGUCCUUAUGCUACUUUCCACUUACUUGGAUUCCGUGAAGAAAUGGACCCUACUAAAGCAAUGAACUUCCAAACAUUCCCACAUCAAAAUGGACAUGCACCAGGACCCGGACAUGCUGGCACUAUGGGACCACCAGGACAUCCCGGACACAUGCACUCUCGUUCAGGUUCACAAUCAAUGCCACGAGCCAAUCGUUAUGCACGCAAAAACAGUCAGGGUGGUCAAUCAUCAAUUUAUACACCAGCACCGGAAUAUGAUGAUCCAGCUAAUUGCGCGGAAGAAGAUCAAUACGACAUGGUGUUUGAACCAAGAGUAUUGAUACAAAAAGAAGGUCUAGUACUUGUCAGAAUCCGGGGUAUCUAUGUGUGCAGCUGUUACAUAUGCCCAAAUAUCUCCCAAGAGAGAUUUGAAGAGUUUCUUGAUAGGCUAUCAGGAACAAUCAGAAACAAAACUCCCAUCAUUGUUGCAGGGGAUUUCAAUGCUUGGGCAGUCGAAUGGGGCAGUAGUAAUACGACGCGGAGAGGUAGAGCCCUAUUAGAAACGUUUACCUCACUAAACCUAAUACAACUGAACAAUGGGCAUAGCCCAACGUUCGAUAAUGGUAGAGGCGUUUCCUACAUAGAUCUCACCUUUGUCAGCCCGUCAUUAGUAAGGGGUUCGCAAUGGAAUGUAACAAACCACUACACCCACAGCGACCAUCAUGCAAUUCUUUUUUCCUUAUCGCUGAAAGAGAAGUUUGUUUUGAAAAAAUCGCAGAGAAAAGCACAGCAAAUAGGCUGGAAAACUAAGUAUCUUGACACAGAGAUAAUGGAAUUCAUGACCGAAAACAUGAGUUUCGGAGUCGGGGUUGCUUUUGAAAAAUCAAAUCACCUUAUGAAGGAAUUAUGCAACGUCUGUGAUGCAUCAAUGCCAAGAAAAGGCAGAGGUAAUGGGCGCUCAUCAAACUAUUGGUGGACGGAAGAAAUAGCUUUACUAAGAUCUCAGUGCUUUGCCUCCCGUAGGCAAUUCCAACGUCACAGAUCUGGAGUAGAUGCGGAAAGGCUUCUACAAAAAUACGGAGAGAGCAGAUCUAAACUUAAAAAGGCAAUUAUUAGGAGUAAGAAUCAAGCUUUUCAAACUCUGAUCAAUGAUGUAGACCAAAAUGUCUGGGGCGAUGGCUACAAAAUAGUAAUGCGUAAAUUUAAGAGGUUAAGAGGCUCGUACCUUCAUGUCCUAAAAUAA